GAAACUGGCUCUCACGAGGAACUAUUGCCGAUCCCUGUAUCGGCGAACACUAGCCUUUAUUAUGGGGGACAGGUUCGACUAUCUUCGUGAUCCCCGCCCAGGUCACAUGUUUAGAAAGCUUGUCCAGCUGACUGAUAACAACAUUGCAGGCCGGUCGCUUAGGUAGCAGUAGGCAGGGUGGAGAAGCACGCCUUUACAACCAACUGUUUAAAAACAUUUCUGUCAACAACCAGAAGCUACCUUUAACCAGUUGGUUUGCUACAUCACUUUUCAAGUAUUUCAACUUCAGGGUAGUCCGAAAUCGUACUCGUCGAGCUUGGAAAGGGGGGAGGCUACCAGCGAGAGGCAGCUUUUAGACUUGGUGGAGAGGGAAACAUUCGCUAUAUCCUCGGACUGAACAUGGCAAUGACCCUCAUCCAAGCCUGCCGCAGUCUAGCUCUCUCAACAUGGCUGCUAUCCUUUUGCUUCGUGCAUUUGCUGUGCCUGGACUUUACGGUGGCGGAGAAAGAAGAAUGGUACACCGCGUUUGUCAACGUUACUUAUGUGGAUCCCGUGACUUCAGAAAUCAAAACAGAGAAGACUGAGUGUGGAAGAUAUGGCGAGCACUCCAAGAAAGAAGCAAGAGGGCAAGUGUUGAUGCCUUUGCUUUUGCAAGAGAGACAAGCUUGCGACCCGAACGCUAAGUAUCCCCUGCCUUAUCAAAACAAUGCUUGGAUGGCGUUGAUAGCUGCGGGGAAUUGUACAUUCAGAGAUAAAAUUCGCAACGUCGCUGCACUCCACAACGCAUCUGCAGUCAUAAUUUAUAACGCGGGCUCCACUAAUAUCAACGAUACCAUAACAAUGCCUCAUCAAGGUACGGGGGAUAUCGUGGCGAUCAUGAUUCCGGAACCCAAGGGUCGGGAGAUCGCUGCUCUACUAGAACGCAACGUCACGGUGACCAUGCACAUCACCAUAGGAACGAGGAACCUUCAGAAGUAUGUGAGCAGAACGUCGGUGGUGUUUGUCUCCAUCUCCUUCAUCGUCCUGAUGAUCAUCUCCCUGGCAUGGCUCAUCUUCUACUAUAUACAGCGGUUCAGAUACGCCAACGCUCGCGACCGCAAUCAGGUACAAGACGCCUCCCUCAUGCAGAAGGCCAACAGCAGCCAAGAAGGCCAAAUACGAACCAUCAGGAAAGGAGACAAGGAAACGGAGUCUGACUUUGACAACUGUGCUGUGUGCAUUGAGGGCUAUAAAGCGAACGAUGUUGUUAGGAUAUUGCCGUGCAGGCACAUCUUCCAUAAAAGCUGUGUGGACCCCUGGCUUCUGGACCAUCGGACCUGUCCCAUGUGUAAAAUGAACAUCCUCAAAGCGCUGGGAAUACCACCCAACUUUGACUGUGGAGAUGACAUUCCGCCAGACUAUGAGAUGUCAGUGGGAGGCCCGCCCACCAACGCAAUCACAGGGGCCAGAGACUUCACGGUGAACGGGGAGGAGAGCUCGGUGGUGCUGGACAUGGUGGACAUGGACAGGACUAUAGGGCUGCCUCAGGUCUACCACGACGCCCACGAGACACUACCACAGGCUGGGGACAGCCGACACAUCGCCAGCAGUGAGUAUAGACACACACCUAUGCACCUACACACACAUCUGCAC